UCAAAAACAACAAAAACAUGACUUCAGAAAUUGACACAGAGUUAUGGAAAAAAGCUGCGCAAGACAUUGACUGGUUUGUUGAGCCCACAUCGGUACUUGGCUCACGUCCUGGCCCUAACCCUUAUACUUGGUUUCCCGACGGAAAGCUCAAUACUUGUUAUAAUUGUCUCGAUCGUCAUGUCGCCUCAUUAGGCGAUCAAGCUUGUCUUAUCUGGGACUCUUCUGUUACCAACACCAAGCAGGUAUAUACCUAUCGUCAGGUCCUGGACCGCGUACAAACCUUGGCUGGUGUAUUCCAUUCGUACGGACUUCAUAAAGGUGAUACAGUUUUAAUUUAUAUGCCAAUGGUGCCUGAAGCCGUGUUUGCGUUUUUGGCGUGUGCUAGAUUAGGCGUGGUUCAUAGUGCCGUUUUUGGAGGCUUUGCGCCCAAAGAGCUGGCAAAAAGAAUUGAUGCCUGUAAACCAAAAGUUGUAUUGACUGCAAGCUGCGGCAUUGAACCGAAACGCGUGAUUCCGUAUAAACCACUUCUGGAAGAAGCACUUAGACUGGCCAAUCAUCAUGUACCUAUCCGCCUUUUACUUCAAAGAGAGAGACAGAGAUCAUUGAUGAAUUAUGCGCAAGGCGAUCGUGAUUUUGACCAGGAGAUGGCACGCAUAGAAACAAACGGUAAACAAUUUAAAGGAUGCGUAUCUGUUAAAAGUGAGGACCCUUUAUAUGUUCUUUAUACGAGUGGUACAACGGGUGUACCUAAAGGUGUAGUCAGAACCAACGGUGGGCAUGCUGUGGUUUUGAGAUGGUCGAUUGAUUAUGUGUUCAAUAUCAAGCGAGGUGACACCAUUUUUACAGCCAGCGAUAUCGGAUGGGCAGUGAGUCAUAGUUAUACUGUAUAUGGCCCCAUGCUAAUUGGAGCUACUACUAUCUUAUACGAAGGAAAACCUAUUGCCUCCCCUGACGCUGGCACCUUUUGGCGACUUAUCAGCGACUAUAAGGUCAAAACCAUGUUUACAGCUCCGACAGCUGUACGUGCCAUUGCCAGAGAAGAUCCUCACGCCUUACUCUCGAAACAGUAUGACUUGUCUAGCUUAACAUCUUUAUUCCUGGCGGGAGAGCGAAGUGAUCCAGAAACCUUGAAAUGGUGCCAGAAUCUUGUGCAUAAAACCUGUACGGUGAUCGAUAAUUACUGGAGUACUGAGUUGGGAUCGCCUGUGACAGCUACAUGUGCGGGUCAUUUACAGGAAAAGACACGGGAAGGUGUUAGGUGGGGUUCUGCCGGUAAGCAAGUGCCUGGAUCUCGUAUAUUGGUAUUAAAAGAAGGUACGCUGGAAGAGGCAACGGAAGCCAAUCAAUUUGGUAACAUUGUCUUGAAGUUACCCUUGCCACCUGGUGCAUUUCCUGGAUUGUGGCAGAAUGAAGCAGGAUACAAGUCGAGUUAUUUUGAUAAGUAUCCUGGAUACUUUGAUACAGGUGAUGCAGGAAUGAUUGAUCAGGAUGGAUUUGUACAUAUUAUGUCAAGAACCGAUGAUAUCAUCAAUGUAGCAGGCCACCGCUUAUCCACGGGUACGAUUGAACAGAUCUUAAUUGCGCAUCCGAUGGUGGCCGAGUGUUGUGUAGUGCCUUUACCAGACAAACUGAAAGGACACGUACCAUUGGGUAUUCUCGUACUGACACAUGAAGGUCAAGCUAUGGAGGCCGAUGUGUUAUUUAAAGAACUUGUGCAGGCAACACGGCGAGAUUUAGGCGCUAUUGCGUGCUUUGAAAUAUCCGUGAUUGUGCCCAGAUUACCCAAGACAAGAAGCGGUAAAGUACUUCGACGAAGCAUUCGAGAAAUGGUAGACGGAAAGCAAGUCAAUAUGCCGGCUACAAUUGAAGAUGAAGAUACCCUCUAUGAGAUCUAUGAUAUCUUAUCCAAACGCCAAUUAAUUCCUUUAGAUUCUCCAUUGCUUUUAAAGGCAAAGUUGUAAACUAGUGCUUUUUCAAUUAAAACUCAUUUUUUCUAUCUUUCUUCAUAUCUUUUUUUUUGUUUUGAUUUACCACAAAUAAAUUUGUUGUUAUUGCCUCUUCUCUCCUGA